UCAUUGUGACAGUGUUCAUUCACAACUCUAAAUUGCAAUAUUUCUUAUUAUUUAAAAAAGCAUUUGCAAACUUUUUUACUCAUUCAAAGAGACUAUGGUUCGUUCCAUUUACUUCAUGGCAUUUCAGGUUCUGGCAAUGACACUCUUUGUUGCCCAUGGGGUGCAAGGUCAGAACAUUUGCAAAACAAAAAGCAAAUAUUUCCAAGGAUUAUGUUGGAUCGACUCUUCAUGUAGAAAAGUUUGUAUCGAGAAGGACAACUUUCAAGAUGGUCAUUGUAGCAAACUCCAAAGGAACUGCCUAUGCACUAAGCUUUGUGUAUUUGACAAUAUUCCUAAUGAUGCUGGAACUAUUUUGGUUCAGGAUACUAAAACUGUGGAAGCAGAAUUGCUUGAAGAAGAGUUUCUCAAGGAGUAAUUAUGUUUGAUUAUAAAUUUUGUGUCACACAUAAUUAAUGACGUAUUGCCUUUCUUAAAAAGAUAACUUAUAGUGUUGUGUUCUUGGCUCACAGUAGCCAUCUGACACAUUAAAUAAGUUGUGACACAUCAAUCCUUUAUGUAUCUUAUAUUAAGUUUUGUGUGUGUUUUAAUGAAAAAAGACUGUCUACGAUCUGUAUGUGUGAAAUCUA